AUGCCUCCCCAACAUGUGGAAAUUGCAGAGACAAUCGCCGCGCUGAAAAGAACUCUACGGCGCGAAAGAGAUGGUCCGACGGAUCAGUUUACCCCCGCUGCCACAAAUAGAGGCCAUAAACUAGCCCGUGGAGCAAACUAUAUUCACGCUGGUGCUCUGCCCUAUCCGCACGGGAUAGAAGGCCAUAAACAAAAAAUAGAACAUGCUGGCUACACGCGAUACAUCCUUCAACGCAACCCGAGAAGAUACAACGAGUUUGGCGACGAACUGGAAGAUAGCGAAAGUGACGCCGAGGCAGAUGCAGAUGCGGAAGACGAGAACGCAUACGCCGGCAUCCGACUUGAAGAGCUGUUAUGCCCCUUGAAACAUCCCUCUGAGCUUUCGAAUCACCCUACGCUAUCUUUACCCUUUACCGACCGUGCCCUUCCUGAUAUGAUCAAAUCCACCGAAGGGAAACUGCGUCAAGAGAGAGCCAACCUCUGGCGUGCCAAAAAUCUGAACAGACAAUUCAUGGGAGAUGAGCCGUGGAUGCCCCUCGAGAGUACUGAAGGUGCAGAUGAUUGGGAUCUCUUUGAACCCAAACCCAAAUUGUCCACACAGCAAGCGGGAAAGAAGAGGAAGCGCGGCUUCGAGAACGAGGCCUCUCAGAACGGGGUCAAUGGGCACAACUACACGAAUGGUGGAAAGGACGAGAAUGCGUCCAAUCCUGGAGCCAGUGCGUCAGAGACCAGUCUGAACACGAAUGACAGGAAUCAAGCUGGAAAGGCCGCCAGCAAGUCCCGGCAGCAUCCUGAGAUGGCAGUCCAGCAACGCGCCAAAGAAGGAGCUGGUGGUGAAACCGAGCGUCCAAAGACGAAUGGAAUACAUAAAAGAGAAGAUGAACCAGCUUUAAAAGACGACACCACUGGGAUCACAGAGAUUGACGCGGAGGAUGCACCAGAUGCGUCCACAAAUGAGGCAGUGGAUGGCCAGGAGCAACAACAGGCGCAGGAAGAUGAAGCAGUGUCCGAAGAUGAGAGUCACCCGAAACCCACGCGAAGAAUUACUCGAGCCCUGGCCGCCGAGCACAACAGCUCGACCGCACCGACCCCUCCUCUCUCACCGGAGUCGACGGUUUCCACCAUUGACUCAUACCUCCUUCAACCCGACCCGUUAUUCCUCCUUCCUCCCGUCCUCGCAGCUAACCACCGGCCACCACGAAGCCUGGCGCGCCUAGGCCUUCCGGUCGACGAACUAAUGGAGACCCGCCGUCUUCUAAUGAUGUAUAUCCAAAAGCAAGAGGAGAGCGUGCGCGGCUAUGAGGCCGUGUUGGGGAAACUCAUCAAAGCGAAACGGAUGCGCGACAAAGUCUGGAACUGGUGCAGGACCGAGGGCCACGUGGGCGAGUGGUCCGACGGAGAGGACUGGAUCGAUGCCGAGGCAUGGGGACUGCAGCCAGAGGAGCUCCGGAAAGGCAAGGACGAAGAAGUCGAUGAGGCGCAGGAGGACACGGGACGCAAGGGCAAGAGGAGGCGACGAGAUUAG